GGCCUGGGCGGAGAGGGAGGAAAACUUCCUGGCUGGGACUCUGGCGGUUUCUGCGGGCCAGCCAGCCCUCCGAUCCCGCCUACCAGAGCUGGCUCUUCCCGACCCCUCCCCCGGCGCCCCCAGUGUCCGCCAUGGCCAAAGCCUACGAUCACCUCUUCAAGUUGCUGCUGAUCGGGGACUCUGGGGUGGGCAAGACUUGUCUGAUCAUUCGCUUUGCAGAGGACAACUUCAACAGCACGUACAUCUCUACCAUCGGAAUUGAUUUCAAGAUCCGCACUGUUGAGAUAGAGGGGAGGAGGAUCAAACUGCAAGUCUGGGACACAGCUGGCCAAGAACGGUUCAAGACUAUAACUACCGCCUAUUAUCGAGGAGCCAUGGGCAUUAUCCUAGUAUAUGACAUCACAGAUGAGAGAUCCUUCGAGAAUAUUCAGAACUGGAUGAAAAGUAUCAAAGAGAAUGCCUCUGCCGGAGUGGAGCGUCUCCUGCUGGGGAACAAGUGUGACAUGGAAGGCAAGAGGAAGGUGUCGAAGGAGCAGGCAGACAAGCUGGCUCGAGAGCACGGCAUUCGAUUUUUUGAGACAAGUGCCAAAUCCAGCAUAAAUGUGGAUGAGGCUUUCAAUUCCCUGGCCCGUGACAUCUUGCUCAAGUCAGGAGGCCGGAGAUCGGGAAACCACAGCAAGCCCUCAAGCCCUGACCUGAAAACCUCUGACAAGAAGAACAGCAGCAAGUGCUCCCUGGGCUGAGGAGCAUUGCUUGCCUCCUCCUCACCCUGAACCUGGAGGCUAGAGACCUGAGGGAGGUGGGCUGAGGGGUCGCAGAGGGG